AUGUGCUCCCGGCAGGAGAAGGACCAGUGCCACUCGUACACCCGCCAGAGCAGCGGGGGCUGUCACAGCUCUGGGGGUUGUCACAGCUCCGGGGGUGGUGGUGGAUGCCACAGCUCUGGGGGUGGUGGUGGCUGUCACAGCUCUGGGGGUGGUGGGGGCUGUCACAGCUCUGGGGGUGGUGGGGGCUGUCACAGCUCUGGGGGUGGUGGUGGCUGUCACAGCUCUGGUGGCAGCUCCGGUGGCUGUCACAGCUCUGGUGGCUCCAGCUGCCACGGGAAGCCCCAGAUGCAGGUCCAGCAGCAGCAGCAGCAGCAGCAGAUACACCAGAUGCCCCAGCAGAAGAUGAAGUGA